AUGGACUAUGACACCCACUUUCUUGCACCGUCUACCUACAAGCCACCACGCAAAACUCCCUCGCGACAGAAUAUGAGCACACCUGGGGGGCGGUCGCCUGUAGUCGCGUCGCUUGCGCACGAACUGGCGGCCGCAGUCAUGUCCGAACCAUCAGAUUCUAGGGCACUUGCUGACGAACUUGGAUUAGAUUUUGAGGAAGAGGAAGAGGAGGACGAAGAAGAAGAAGGGGAGGAAAUGGCCGCGGGACAAGGCUUGAAUAUCGAGCUCGGAGAGCCUGCACCAGAAACCAUGUUGGGAGCGGAUAACUAUUCUCCAACGAUUAUGGUUGAUACACCAUCCAGACCAAGCCGAAACGACAUGCUUAAUGGACAUAGUCGUACCCACAGUCUCGCCCUCGAGUCUGAAUUCGAGUCUUCCCCAACCAAGCCCCUACCUGCACCAUCUUUUGCUCUUUCGACUCCGAACGUUGAUCCAAUUGAAACCCUCAAAGAAAACGUCUUGUUCUUGGACCAGUUCAUCGUUCAACUAAAGAACAUGGAUGUUGACUCGACUCCCCUCAAGCCUGCCCAAUCCACAAAUUCAGGAAGGCUUUCGUCUAUUUACCCCAACGCGGAGCCUGCAGUCGAGAGGUUCGCGACCGACAUUAUUAGGCAUAUUGACGAGGCAUGCCGCGAGCGCGAGGACCAGUUACGCGAUUUGAUGACUUACGAACGCGAAUUUCGCAAAAUUGAUAGUGAAGUAGGAGGAGCCGAUCGCAUUGGGUCCGUCGAACCUCUCGAAGACGUUGUCCUCACAGAAAAGCCACCCGCACAAGCCUAUUCAUUACGAACGCUUGAUGUCGUUGCCGAAGACGACUAUGACGACAAUUGGGAGGCCCAACAGCGUGAUCCGCGAGACGUAUUUGACGAAGAUGGAGACGGAGAUGACCCAAUGUUUGCGCGUCGAAGUCCCCGCGGCUCGCCGUAUCGAAGAACUCUGCGAAGAACUUCUCUUCCUCCCCCACCCCCUUAUCCCUCGGAUCCACUCACCCCUUCAAGUACAUUACCCCACUUGGCUCAUAUGAGAACCGUAUCUCAAGUUCUCGCUGCCUCACUUUCAGGCUUGUCGGAACACGUACAAGUGAACGGUGCAGCCGCUGCCGAAGCAGGAAGGAAAUUGCGCUCGCUAAAGAACCGGGUGACCGACUUGCAAUCUGAGUGGGCUAGUGCGGAACAAAGUAUUGAACGUAUCGAGAAGAGUGAAAAGGGGUUAGACUGGGAUGCAACCAAUAUUGUUCCAACGGAGGAAGGGAAACGGAUUGAUGGGAGGGUGGUUGUGAAGGAGAUUUCUGCUUCGUUUCUUGCUCAGUUGCAACAGGUGGAGUUGAAGGUGCAGGCAAUGUUUCCAAAGGUGUCAUGA